AUGGCCUCUCUGUAUCGCCCCUGUCUGCGGCUGGGUUGGCAUGGAUUGUGCCCCUGGGGCUAUGCUCCAAGCCGUGGCAACCAUGCAUUUCGGAUAACCAGUGGAGAUUUGGGUCAGCUUCCAGCUAAGGUGAGGGACUUUGUGGAACGAAGUGCCCGUCUGUGCCAACCAGAAGGCAUCCACAUCUGCGAUGGCAGUGAGACAGAGAAUGAUUCCAUACUGGCCCUGCUGGAACGUGAAGGCCUUGUUCGAAAGCUCUCCAAGUAUGACAACUGUUGGCUGGCUCGAACUGAUCCCAAGGAUGUGGCCCGAGUAGAAAGCAAGACGGUGAUUGUGACAGAGUCUCAGAAGGACACAGUGCCCAUCCCAGCUGAUGGAGUCCAUGGACAGCUGGGCAAUUGGAUGUCACCAGCCCAGUUUCAGAAAGCUCUAGAUGAGAGGUUUCCUGGCUGCAUGCGGGGCCGCACUAUGUAUGUACUUCCAUUCAGCAUGGGCCCCGUGGGGUCCCCCCUAUCUCGUGUGGGUAUUCAACUGACUGAUUCCCCCUAUGUGGUAGCCAGCAUGCGAAUCAUGACCCGACUUGGGAAGCCUGUGCUUCAGGCCCUAGGGGAUAAGGAGUUUGUCAAAUGUCUGCACUCGGUGGGCCGACCUUUGCCCCUGGAAGGGGAGCUGGUGAACCAGUGGCCGUGCAACCCUGAGAAAACCCUGAUUGGCCAUGUACCUGACAAGCGGGAGAUCAUCUCUUUCGGCAGUGGCUAUGGCGGCAAUUCCCUGCUGGGCAAGAAGUGCUUCGCCCUUCGCAUCGCUUCUCGCCUGGCCAGAGAUGAGGGCUGGCUGGCUGAGCACAUGCUGAUCCUGGGUAUCACCAACCCCGCUGGGAAGAAACGCUACAUAUCAGCUGCUUUCCCCAGCGCCUGUGGCAAGACUAAUCUUGCUAUGAUGCGGCCUACUCUGCCUGGUUGGAAAGUGGAAUGUGUAGGUGAUGACAUUGCCUGGAUGAAGUUUGACAGUGAUGGCCGCCUUCGAGCUAUCAACCCUGAAAACGGCUUUUUUGGUGUGGCACCUGGAACAUCGGCAAUGACAAAUCCCAAUGCUAUGGCCACAAUCCAAAGCAAUACCCUCUUCACCAACGUAGCAGAGACUAGUGAUGGUGGCGUAUACUGGGAAGGCAUUGAUCAGAACCUCCCCCCUGGGGUCACUGUCACUUCCUGGUUGGGCAAGACCUGGAAACCUGGUGACAAGGAGCCCUGUGCACAUCCCAACUCACGAUUCUGUGCCCCGGCCCGCCAGUGCCCCAUCAUAGACCCUGCAUGGGAGGCCUCUGAAGGUGUACCCAUAGAUGCCAUCAUCUUUGGAGGACGACGACCCAAAGGAGUACCCCUAGUAUAUGAAGCAUUCAAUUGGCGCCAUGGUGUCUUUGUGGGCAGUGCCAUGCGCUCUGAGUCCACUGCUGCAGCUGAACACAAAGGGAAGAUCAUUAUGCACGAUCCAUUUGCCAUGCGGCCCUUCUUUGGCUACAACUUUGGGCGUUAUUUGGAGCACUGGCUGAGCAUGGAGGGGAGGCCGGGAGUUCAGCUUCCCCGGAUCUUCCAUGUCAACUGGUUCCGGCGGGAUGCAGCAGGUCGAUUCUUAUGGCCAGGCUUUGGGGAGAAUUCUCGGGUGCUGGACUGGAUCUGCCGUAGGCUGGAGGGCGAGGAGAGUGCCCAAACAACACCAGUGGGGCUAGUGCCAAAGGAAGGGGCACUGAAUCUGAGUGGCUUGGGGUCUGUGGACUUCUCUGAGCUAUUUUCAUUGCCUAAAGAGUUCUGGCAACAGGAGGUCCAGGAAAUACGAAGCUACCUGAGGGAGCAAGUCAAUCAAGACCUGCCCCGGGAGGUAUUGGCUGAGUUAGAGGCACUGGAGGGGAGAAUACGAAAAAUGUGAUCUUUAAACAAUCUGCAAAGAUAGGGAUGGGGGGCAAGAUAUAUACAUAGAAUAAGAGAGGGUGUACUAGCUACCUCCUUUCAACAGGGGAACUACAGACAGAAAGUUGCAAAAACUAAAAGCAGCUUUGAUUAGAUUAACACCUUUUACAGAAGCCACAAAACAGGCCAUAGGCCAUUAAAUCUAUUUUCUAGGCUGUUGUUUCAACAAUAAUUAUCACUUAUUUUGCAUAACAUUUGUAGAACUUUCAUUAACUAUCAAUACUCAUAGGUAGUAUUCACUAUUUUCAACAUUGCUGGACCAGUUCUUUGCUCAUCCUCCCCCCAACUCCUCAAUCUAUCCCCAUUGAAAUCUUUCCUAAUCCCACCUGCAAAAAGUUCUUAUCUGGUUGCAUGAAUCACUUCUACUGCUACCAAUAUACUUGUAGUGUUCCAUACUACUAUUGAGGAACCCAAGUAGGAAGGAGGUGAGGGGGAAAUGUACAAUCUUCAUUCUCCCAACAUAGAAGGUAUACAGCAAGAGAGCUGGAUUUGGAAUUUGAAUCCCUACUCUGCUAUUUGCUAUCUGUGUGACCUUAAAUAAGUUCCUUAAGUUCUCUGGGUAUCUCAGUAAAAUGAGGGGUUCCCAAAUCUCCAAAGUAGAAUCCACAGUCAGCCCAAACUUGGGGCUAUUAACUUUAAAUUCUUGGCUUCGACAACUAGCAACAUAAAGCAGGGGCAGCUAGAUGGCACAGUGGGUAGAGCACCAGCCCUUGAGUCAGGAAGACCUGAGUUCAAAUCCUGCCUCAAACAUUUAAUAUUUCCUAGCUAUAUAUAUUCCUAGGAUUUCUUCCUCUUUUAUCAACCUUCUUACCCGAUGUCCUACCUUUCUCCAAUUUACCAAUCUCAAAUUAUUCUCUACCACAAGACAGAAAAAAGUGUUCAGAACCUCACACUCAACAAAGUCUUGGUUUCCCUUGCAAUGAAUCAGUCCUCUUCCAUGUGCUAUGGAGAAAUCCUAGAGUCAAUGAAAAAAGUGAAAGAUUUGGAGUCAUAAGACCUGAAUUCAAAUCACAGUUCCAACACUCCCCAUAUAUAAUCAUAGCCUCUCUGGGUUUCACUUUUCUUGACUAUUUGAAGCAAGGGAGUUGGACAAGAUAACCAACAAGGUACCCUCAAGCUCUAAAUCUAUGAUUCGAGUGACCUCUUCUUGUUUAUAUGUCCCGUCUCUUCUCUCUUGCAUAAAUAUCUCUAGCAUCUUCAUCCAUUAACUUCCUGGAAAUAAGUUUAGUAAAUUUACAGAUGAUGCUGAGGUGGGUGUCAUUGGUGAUUUCUACCCAGAUAAUAUGACCAGAUCCGAUUAAUAAAAUGGAAUUCGCAGAGAACCUUUCAGGGGAGAAUUUGGGACAGGAAGGAUGUGGUGAAAAGAAUAGUCCUGAAUCAGAUAAGAGCUCAC